CCCUGGGCUGGGCGCCUCUGCCGGUUCGUCUCCCCUUCCCUCCGCCGCCUCCUUUCAACCUUGUCCGCCGGUUGGCGCGGUCUCCGUCACAGCGGCGGCCGCUGCGGUCCUAGCUGCAGCCUCUCGCUCCCCGUGCUCGCUUCCCGCCGGGUCCCGGAGUCGGUCCCGCCAUGGCUCUCCUCACUGCGGCAGCCCGGCUCUUGGGAGCCAAGAAUUCGUCCUGCCUCGUUCUUGCUGUCCGGCAUGCCAGUGCCUCUUCCACGAAUCUGAAAGAUGUACUGAGCAAUCUGAUACCCAAGGAGCAGGCCCGAAUUAAAGCCUUCAGACAGCAGCAUGGGAAGACAGUGGUGGGCCAGAUCACUGUGGACAUGAUGUAUGGUGGCAUGAGAGGCAUGAAAGGACUUGUGUAUGAAACAUCUGUUCUUGACCCUGAUGAGGGCAUCCGUUUCCGUGGUCAUAGUAUCCCUGAGUGCCAGAAACUGCUGCCUAAGGCUAAGGGUGGGGAAGAGCCCCUCCCUGAGGGCCUAUUUUGGCUGCUGGUAACUGGACAGAUGCCUACGGAGGAACAGGUGUCUUGGCUCUCACAAGAAUGGGCCAAAAGGGCAGCUCUGCCUUCUCAUGUGGUCACCAUGCUGGACAACUUUCCUACUAAUCUGCAUCCCAUGUCUCAGCUCAGCGCGGCCAUCACAGCCCUCAACAGUGAAAGCAACUUUGCUCGGGCGUACGCAGAGGGCAUCAACCGAACCAAGUACUGGGAGUUGAUUUAUGAAGAUUGUAUGGACCUGAUUGCAAAGCUACCUUGUGUUGCAGCAAAAAUCUACAGGAAUCUUUACCGGGAAGGCAGCAGCAUUGGGGCCAUUGACUCUAAGCUGGACUGGUCCCACAAUUUUACCAACAUGUUAGGCUAUACUGAACCACAGUUCACUGAGCUUAUGCGUUUGUACCUCACCAUCCACAGUGACCAUGAGGGUGGUAAUGUAAGUGCCCACACAAGCCACUUGGUUGGCAGCGCCCUUUCAGACCCUUACCUGUCGUUUGCGGCGGCCAUGAAUGGGCUUGCAGGGCCUCUGCAUGGACUAGCUAAUCAGGAAGUGCUUGUCUGGCUAACACAGCUACAGAAGGAAGUGGGCAAAGAUGUGUCAGAUGAGAAGUUACGAGACUACAUCUGGAAUACACUCAAUUCAGGACGGGUUGUCCCAGGGUAUGGACAUGCAGUGCUGAGGAAGACUGACCCACGCUAUUCCUGUCAGAGGGAGUUUGCCCUGAAACAUCUGCCUAACGACCCCUUGUUUAAGCUGGUAGCUCAGCUGUACAAGAUUGUACCCAACAUCCUCUUAGAGCAAGGAAAGGCCAAGAACCCUUGGCCCAACGUGGAUGCUCACAGUGGGGUGCUGCUCCAGUACUAUGGCAUGACGGAGAUGAAUUACUACACAGUCCUGUUCGGAGUGUCGAGGGCUCUGGGUGUUCUGGCACAACUCAUCUGGAGCCGAGCCCUGGGUUUCCCACUAGAAAGGCCUAAGUCCAUGAGCACGGAUGGUCUGAUGAAGUUUGUGGACUCUAAAUCAGGGUAAAAUGGGAGGUUGGGGGAAACUGACUAUUAGAAACUGAGGAAGCUUAAAAAUAAAGUAUAAUUUUGUUUUGUUUCAGGGGCCUUUAAGACUUAAGAUUAAACUGUAUCUGAGGCACUGAAAAUACAUUUGAUGUUAAAAUAUAAAUUAAGACUUAAGAGAUGAAAAGCGACCCCUCCUGUCCUCACCAGCUCACUUCCCUACCUGGUAUGAGUUGCCCACACUGUAGGUUGACCAGGGCUAAUGCAUGUGGUCAAGUUAGAGCUGGCUGCCCACCCUCUCCAGACAGAGAAUCUGGCUCCUCUUGUUUAGGUCAAAGCAGGUUACAUGAGAGCUGUAGUCCCGGAAGCUUCUGCUUCUACUCUACCAGCCUCCACCAUUGAGGCCAGGGCCGGGCCCUUUUUUUUUUUUUUUUUUUUUUUUUUCUUCCAUAGGAACCCUGUUGGGUGUCAGCUGUGUCAAACCUUAGGGCCUUUUCCUGUGUACACAAGCACCUCCUAGCAAGAUCUGUUGUCUGGCUGGAAACGCCUUGGCAACUUUUUAUGCUAUUGGUGACCAUAAGUGACAUGGUAUUCAUUGUGAUUAGUACCCAGCGUACGAUUCUAUUUCUCUUUUUAAAUUAUACCAUUGAAAUUAAGGUCUGGGAGUGUUCUCCUUCCUUCCAGACUUCCUAUACCUGCCGUGCCUCAGCUGAGGAUGCCCUACGUCUCCCUGUCCUAGCCACUGCUAGGGUCCCCGUACUUAGCAGAUCUGUGACCUGUGAUCUAUGACCUGUGGUCUUCCCAGUCAUUCGGCUUUGUCAGUACUUAACGUGAACUAGGCCUUUACUCCCAUGGAACAUAAGCCACUCUUCUGACAUUGGUUUCUCAUGUUAAUAUGCUCUGGCGCACAGAACAAGGGCUCAGGGAUGGCCAGCCUCUCCAAGGUCUGGUCCCAGGGGUUCUAGCCUUUCUUCUUGAACAGAAAAUCACUUGCAAUUGGAUAUAGUUUCCUUUGAAUAUCAAUUGGAUCUAGGGCUGAGAGCAUUGAAAACAGUGGGCCACUUGCUCAUCCCCCGUGUCAAGGACAUGUCCCUUUAUUUAUCGAUGUGUUUAAGUCAGCGCUCAUGGGAUGAUUAUUUUAGCAGCUGCAUUUGCACAGGUUUUCAGUGACUCAGAACGCUCCACUGCCUCUUCUCUGAGAAGGGGCUGAGAUACACUCCUGUUGUGACCCCCUUACCCCAAAACUCCCGCCUGUGUUUGUGUGGGACCCAAACCUCAGUACCACCCUGUUGAGAUGGACACACUGUAAACCCCUGGGUAACUGUUCAGUCAUGAUGCAGACUUCGGGUUGUUCUGUAUAAAAUGAAAAAUAAUAAAUGUUUUUAUUAACAAUG